GGAAGGUGGAGGAGACGGUGGGCCACCACCGCCAGGUGAACUCGCCGACGGUGAACUGUCGACAGACGCCUCUCUUCCACGCCUUCUGUCUUUCACACUCCAUUUAUGUUAGUUUAUGCAUUUAUUUUAUUAUAUUUUCUUUAAAAAAAAUACAUCCUGUUAAAUAAUAAUAAACGUAAAAAUGGAAACUUCCCUUUUGUUCUUCUUCCCCACAACCACAAUUAAUAAUGGCUGGCUUCUACUAGCUUCAGAGCAAAGAAUGGUGAAGCGCCGGAGAUAGAGAUCUGUAUUCUUCCAUGUCCGGAGCUUCUUCAUUCUCUGCGAAGUUCCCUCAAAAGAUCUUAUUCGCUCGAGAAAUGGACAGCACUCUCGCAACGGAUCCAGGUUUGAUAGAUUCGGCGGGAGUGUACCUCAGGUUAGGGCUAAUCAUAGAGGGGAAGCGAUUGAGAAAGAAGCCACCGCCUGUGCUGUCACGUCUGGCUUCAUCUCUAGAGAGAUGUGUGUUGAUGAAUGAUGAGAAAUUGCCGGAGAUGAAAGAGCCUGAGACCGUGUUUGACGGGAGAUGUACGCCUGAGAUCAGCAUAGGACACUACUUGGAUCGCAUCUUCAACUACUCUGGAUGCAGCCCCUCCUGCUUUGUCAUUGCACAUAUCUACAUUCAUCUCUUUCUCCAGAGGACUCGAGCUCUUCUCAACCCGCUUAACGUCCACCGCCUUCUCAUAACAACCGUCAUGUUAGCCGCCAAAGUCUUCGACGACAGGUAUUACAACAAUGCAUACUACGCGAGAGUGGGAGGUGUGAGCACGAGAGAGUUGAACAGAUUGGAGAUGAAGUUGUUGUUCACCCUUGACUUCAAGCUUCAAGUAGAUCCUCCGACGUUUCACACACAUUGUUGUCAGUUAGAGAAACAGAACAGCGAGGGAUUCAAGAUCGAGUGGCCGAUAGGAGAAGUAUGUCGAGCCGGAAAAGAGACUUGGCGAAACAGCACACCAGAGCCAGUCUGCUCUCAAACGACUGCGCGCUGAUCUGGAACUCAUGAUGGAAACUUGUGUGUUUGGUAGUGAUGAUUCUUUUGCAAGACUGAUUAGUUGUGACAAUUCACAUUUGUGUAGUAGAAAGGUUCUAGAUUUCUUACGAACUCAAUUAGUGUUUUCAGAGGUUGUUAUAUAUAUAGUUUCCAUCGAGACUUAAAA